GCAUUUAGGGGUGUGUUCACCGUGUACUAGCAAGUCUGGAUCGGGAUUUUCCUCAGCCUGCCAUUUAAACGCCACACACUAACCGUGGCACAGCAGGCCGACUGCACGGCAAAAUAUGUAGGCUAGAAGGACAUAGAGGACGGCGCGACUCGGUGUAGGCGGGUAAAUGGGAAAUCUGAUGGGCAGUUUGCGCUACAAGGAGCCGAGAACUGUGGAGGAAUGCGACUCGACAUGGGAGUCAGACUCGGAAAGCGACGAGCAGCCGGGUGAUGAGGACAGCGGGAUAUCGGAGUGUGUCAGCCGGACUGAGACAGGGAGAUGCGGCGAACAGGCGAACAUGUCCCCGAAGCUCUCUGACUCUAAGUCCAGCACCAAGAUGAAGAGAAGUUUUUAUGCUGCAAAGGAUCUUUACAAAUACCGCCACAGCUACCCGAACUACAAGGAGCCCCGGUUACCUAAUGAGUACCGCAACCUUCGCUUCUACCUGAACAAGAUCCCUCUAAUACCAGACGGUAUCUUCAUUGAGGAGAUCCUGACCAAAUGGAGAGGAAAUUAUGACAAACUGGAGCACAAUCACACCUACAUACAGUGGCUUUUCCCUCUGAGGGAGCAAGGGCUCAACUUCUAUGCUCAAGAACUCACUCAGGAGGAGAUCAAGGAAUUCCAAAGCACUCGGGAGGCCAAGCGGCGAUUUCUGCUGGCGUACACACUCAUGCUGGAUUUUUACGGGAUCAAACUCCUGGAUAAAAGUGGGAAUGUCGCCCGAGCUUCCAACUGGCAGGAACGCUUUCAGCACCUCAAUGAGUCCCAGCAUAACUAUCUGCGGAUCACGCGCAUCCUCAAGUCUCUGGGUGAGCUGGGCUUUGAGGCCUUCAAGGCCCCCCUGGUGCGUCUGCUGCUGGACGAGGCUCUGUGCCGGGGCACCCUGCCCAACAUGCUGCACAGCACCCUAGAGUAUUACGUCUACACCAUCCGCCUCCGCUCCCACCGCCGCAGCCUGCUCCGGUACGCCCGCCAGCACUACCAGCCGGCCAACACCUUCCUCUGGGGGCCCCCGGCCAGGAGGAGAGGAGCUGAGGCAGGGCCAGGAGGCAGGGUGGCAGAACCCACCCCAGAGAGGGAGAGGAGAGGAGGAGAUCCGCAUAGGGCUCGUAGUCCACUUACGAAGAAGGACUCAGUGGGGGGUGGGGGAGGAGAUGGGAAGGGAACCAAGGGCUAUACCGUCUCCACCAAAACCCUCCAGGAGGUGGUGAUGGAGAGGGGUAGGGGGGACAGGGGCAAGUACAUCGAGACUGUUCCACUGUAGGACUGUAGGGAGAUUAGUUUUAUGAAGAAGUGGUGUAUUGGUGUCUUGAUGGAUUGGGGGGUGGGUGGGGGAGUUAUUGUAGCAAUACUGGCUCAUGCCAUGUUUUUAUGGACUCAAAAGUCGUAGCUAAGUUGUAGUAGCUAAGUUUAGUAUGCAGCACAAUCCUUAACGUUAAACUACUCUUGCAAUGUUUUCAAUCUGUCACUAUGUCAUUCUUCCUUUUGUGUGGAUUGACUGCACUUGGUAAUCCACUAAUUGUACAGAACCUUCUAGCCAAGCAGAUCACAUGUAGGGCUUAGCAUACUACAAGCAGCCUGAUUGGUUGGAAGUAUGAAACAAAUAAUCUGAUAGGAUAUGAACAGCUGCUUGAAAGGGCGGCUGCUGUGUGGAAUCUUGCACCUUUGACAAUCUGUCUUCCUAUAUGAAAUAUCUCUUGUUACUUCCUGAGCUGAUCUUUCUAUUGACAGCUGAGCCUGGCGAUGACGGUGAAACUUUGGGUGUCGGAUCCCAUCUUCCUACACAAAGCCUUCUGUAGCUUUCCGAGCAGCCAAGCUAGUCAGACGCACAGGCUCAUAUGAGCUUUUCAGGUAUACUGUAAUGUGAUCGAUAAUAUGGGCUCAAAUAUUAAUACUGUAGCUAUCAGUGUGUUGAGACUGUAGUGUGUGUGUGUGUGCUAGGCAAUUUGUGUACUACUAUCUGAAGUGCCUCUUUUUCUAUUCAUCUUUUACUGGUUGAUUGUGUGCCAUUAGGGAUGUGUGUGUACUUACCAGUGUUUGUGUUAAAGGGUGUUUUCGUGUAUGAAUUUGGUUACCUGAUGGGUGUUAGCGAAAAGGUACGUUUUGCUUUCACAAGGACAGACCGUGACCAUUUCAGUGUACCGGUGUGCUUAUAACACGCAAAUAACUUGAAGGCAGCUUGACAUAGCUCUUUUUUGAAUGGCACACUUUUCACAUGAUUCACGGUAACGGGUGACAACAAUACCUGGCACUUGGGUCCUGAAUCCUGGACCAAUCUAUUGGGGACGUGCCAGACUUUAAUUUGAUCCGAAUCCAGGAUGGUGAAAUGCCAGUUUUUUUUUUUUAUUGGGAAAAGAAAAUGCAUAACUGUUGUAUGUAGAUACAAAUAAGCAUUUAUAGUAAAGCCUAUACACACCUUAUUAUUCAUACAGACAGAUUUACUCACUCUGUCCCUCACCCAUAGACCCAUACACAAUAGAGUAUCUCUUCUUUGUAUACAGUGCAUAUCUGUUUUAUAGGAUUUCUCUCUCUCACACUCUCUCUUUCUCCUCCUACUCUUCAUCUACCACUUCUUCCGCAAUUGCAAGAAUUAAAGGAGGCUGAGUGGAUGGCUUGAAUCCAACUCUCUUUCUUUCUUGUUCUCUCUCAUUUUGUCUCCUUAUCUCUAGCCAUACAGUUGGUUGGCAUUGGCGUAUUGAAAUAAUGUGCCAAUGAAGACCAGUUAAAAUGCCUCKURCCCCCCCCCCCCCCCCKRCUUUCAGAGGAAAUCUAGAUUAUGAUAAAGAAGAAUCUAUUCCCUCUCUGUUUCUCUCCAGACCCUCAUUGUUUAACUGCCUCUAUUGUCAUCUGGGCUAAGAUGACGCAAUUUGGGAGGGGAUGGAGGAUUGGCACGAGAAACAGGCAUGAGGAGAGGGACUAACUGUAAAUCGAGUCUAUGGAAUGCUGGAAACUCUUCAAAUGUUUUACUUCCAUAUACAAUGUAUAGUGGUCUGUUUCAGGGAUAGAUGCAUCUCUCUAUCUCUGUCUGCGUCCAUACUUGUGACUGACUUGUCUUUGGAUGUGUAAAGGUUCAAUACAUAAGUAUGUUUUGUAACUUGUAUCAAUUCUUAUGAUUUGUAUAGAAAGUGUGUCGAGACAAAUUUUUUGCUGUAUUAAAAUAUGGCAAGUCAAAA